AUGGAUGUCCUGUCCUCCCUGCUGCUAUUCUGGAGUGUUGAGACUGAACUCGAUCCGAUCCCAUCAGCGGGUCCCAGAGGCCUGUUUCUGGUAUUUGUCUUUACGCUGCCGUUCAAGGUCUUCUACAAUGUUAACCGCAACUGGCCGUUUGGUGAUGGACUGUGUAAGGUGUCCGGGACCGCCUUCAUUACCAACAUUUACGGCAGCAUGCUCUUCCUCACCUGCAUCAGCGUGGACCGCUUCCUGGCGAUAGUCUACCCUUUCCGCUCCCGCUCCUUCCGCACGCGCAGGAACGCGAGGACCUACCUGUCUAAAAUCACCAUCUUCAUCGAGAUUGUGGACUUCCUUCUUCCCCUCCUGGCCAACUUGGUGUGCUCCUCGCUUGUUCUGCGGACGCUGCGGCGACCGAUGACCGUUGGUCACGGCUGUAACAGCAAGAAACGUGUCCUGCGGAUGAUUUUGGUCCAUCUGGGCAUCUUCAUCAUCUGCUUCGUUCCCUAUAACUCCAUCCUCUUCCUGUAUGCCCUGGUGCGGACCCAGGCCCUGGCUAACUGCUCUGUGGAGCGCUUUGCCCGAACUCUUUACCCCAUCACUCUGUGCCUGGCCUGCCUCAACUGCUGCCUGGACCCUGUGGUCUACUACUUCACCUCAGAGAGCUUCCAGAAGAGCCUGACCAUGGGAGGCAGAGGGUCGGGCUCUCGGCCCGAGAGCUUGCCCCGCAGCGACACCGAGACCCAGGACGUGGCAAACACUCUCCCCGGGGACACGCACAACCCGGCCAGCAACGGGAAGGAGUCAAAGACGUCUGAGAGUCAGCUCUGAAGAAGGAAAGUGAAAAAAAGACAGUGUUGGUGCGGCGCAAGCCCUGAAUCAAAAAAAAGUAAUCCGCUGUUUGUUCCUGGAAGUGACAAAAACAUAACUCAGCAGAUUAGUUAAGUCCUGAGGUAAACCCUGAGGUAUGGCCCGGGCUUUACGGAUUAAUCCACCAUUCAAGAGCAGAGGAAUGUAUCUGUAUGUGUUUAUUAUGAGAGAACACUACGGGGAUCAGAGACCCAGCCACACCGAGACUAUUGUCCAGAGACUCUAAAAGAGACUGCAGCACAUCAUCUCUCAGGCUUAACACACAAACACUCACAACUGCACUGGAUCAUUGGUAGGGCGGAUAUUUCUAUCCGCAUUGUUGGAAUACGCUGUUAAGUACUUUUGUAACACGCUGAGCCCUUAAGUUGUAUUGUUGUUGCGUUCAAGCUGUCACAGCACAUUAUAUUAUGUUAGACCGUAAUGCUAUGUCACUUG